UAGUGUAACGCCUAGUAUUUGACGAUUUUUAAUGUUUAGGAAGUGACGCAUUAGUAUUUACGCCUAGGCAUGUUAACGUUACAUAUUAUGAAUAUCAGUUAAUUUACUAUUAAAAUGAUAUAAGGAUACUAUUUCUUGAGACUUGCUUUACAAUUCAAUAUGGCAUCACUGUUUGAGCAGUAUGAGCAGGCUGCUUCCAUUUCAACAGGACCAGUUACAAGCAUUCAGUCGCUUCCAGAACUGACAACUGCAGGCUUUAUUAAUGCCAGACUAGAAGAAGAGACUCCUAUAUUUAAAAAGCAAAGAAUCAAUUUCAGUCCUACAGAUGCUAUUACCCACUUGGCAGUUAGCAACAAUCAACUGGUUUUAGCAAUGAAGAACAAAUGUUUGCUUCGUAUUAAUCUAUUGCAGCCUGAUCAACCAGAUGAAAUUGAAUUGUUGAGAAGUCUGGGAGAAAAAAAUUCUUCUGUUCGUAUUCAUCAAAUGUUUUUGGAUUUAAGUGGAAAACACUUGCUAGUCAGUUUUGUGAGUACUGACACUCAGGGACCAUUUGACAAUUUUUACUUAUGGAAAGGAUCACGUAAAGUUCAGCAAGCAAGUAAGAUGAAGGGUCAGGUAAUCAGUGCAGUUGGUUGGAAUUUUGAGAAUACAAAUGAAAAUACCACUGGCAGCAUAUUGUUGGGAACAACAAAAGGUUUGAUAUUUGAAACUGAACUUGCAUGUCAGGAUGAACAACAUUUUUUUCAAAAAAGUCCAGAACAGUACUGGAAACAGUUAUUUGAAAUCUGCAAUGGAAAUUCCCAACAAACCACUAUUACUGGACUAGAAUUUCACAAGUUAUCAAGUACAUUUCCUGGAGAUAACAAAUAUUUCAUAAUGGUAACAACUGCAAGUCGACUUUACCAGUUUUUGGGUAGUGUACCAAGCAAUGCAGAAUAUCCUGUAUUACAGCACGUUUUCAACAACUACCCAGAAGUUCCAGAUCGGUUUUUGGAAAUUCCUGGACAGUUGGGUUACAGCAAACUACAGUUAUUUUACCCUCAGCCAGGAGCUCUUCCUGAAACCUUUGGCUGGAUGACAGAACCUGGUGUCUACCAUGGAACUAUUGACACAACUGGACAGGCUGGACAUGACUCAGUUACAGUUGAUACUCAACUUAUUCACUACCCAGAAGUAAAAGGAAACCUUCCAAAGAGUCCAAUUUCAUUUGUUUUAACGAAAUUCCACACACUGGUACUUUAUCCAGACAGGUUGAAAGCCCUCUGUGUUCUGAAUGAACAGUUGGUAUAUGAAGAUGUAUUCACUGAGAUGUAUGGAUCUAUGGUAGGAAUUACAAAAGAUCCAGUCAAAGACACCAUCUGGGCUUUUUCUGAGAUGGCUGUUUAUAGAUAUAGAAUUACUAAAGAGGAAAGGUAUGUAUGGGAAGUCUACUUAGAUAAAGAAGAAUAUGAAUUGGCCAAACAUUAUUGUAAGAAUGACCCUCAAAAAUUGGACAAGGUCUUAUCAAAACAAGCUGAUGACUACUACAGCAAGAGAAGGUUCAAAGAAUCUGCUACAUUAUACGCCCAGACACACAAAUCUUUUGAAGAAGUUUCCCUGAAGUUCCUACAGGUGUCAGAUGAUGAUGCUCUUAAAGUGUUUUUAAAGAAAAAAAUGGAAGGACUAAAAACUCAAGAUAAAGCUCAGACCACAAUGAUCAUAAUGUGGUUACUGGAAAUAUACCUAAACCAACUGGGUUGUCUGCGCAAUGCUGAACGUCAGAAUACUGACCAGUACAAAUCUCUUCAAGCACUGUUUCAUAGCUUAUUGGAGCAGCCACGUGUUAAGGAAUGUGUAGGACAUAAUUGUGGAGCAAUUUACAAUCUCAUAGCUAGUCAUGGUGAUGAAGAAAAUCUCAUACACUUCACAGUACUUAUGAAAGACUAUGAAAGGGUAAUACAGUAUCAUCUGCAGAACAACAACUUUCAAGCUGCUCUGGAUGUCUUAACCAAACAGAGCCGAUCAGAGUUAUUCUACCAGUUUUCUCCAGUUUUAAUGCAAUCUAUACCAAAAAAGACUGUUGAUGCUUGGAUCAGUUUGGGACAGAAAUUAAAUCCUGCCAAACUUAUUCCUGCUCUUGUUCAGUAUGACAACUCUAAAGAUCCAAAACAGGGUAGAGAAGCAAAUAGAUCAUCUUUUAUUCUUAUUCAGUCGGUCUUAAAAGCACUUUUAAAAUUCACAAUUAAACAGUAA